AUGACGUUAAAUUCUGAUGUUUUACGUUGUAUUUUCGAACAUCUACCAAAACGAGAUCAAUAUACGUGUACACGAGUGAGUAGAGAAUUUUGCAGCAUUGUAAUUCCAUUUAUCUGGGCAGCGCCGUUUGGAAUGAUAGGCAGACGAAACAGAAAGGUCCUAAAGAACUAUUUUCUGUUUGUUGAUAAUGAGGAAUUUCUCAACAUGUUUGUUGACAAUGAGAAACUUCUCAACAAUUACAAAUCAUUAAAGUCAAGAUCCACGCCAGUUUUCAACUAUCCAUCAUAUCUCAAAGAACUGAGACUCGACGAGUUUCUUAUCUCGCUGAUUUUGUUUCUAAAAAGAUUUUAUGAAAGACAGUAUCGCGAAAUCCCGUUAAACAAAUUGAUACGUGCACUGUUGGAUAUGUUUUUGACACACCAAGUGAAAUUAAAAAAGAUUUCUAUUCGUACAGCAUUAGGGUCAAAUAUAAACUCAAAUCAGUACAUGAUAUUUGGCGAACAAAAAUAUUCUUCAAUAUUCAAGUCGAUUGAUACAUUGAUGAUAACUCAGCAGAAUUUCAAUAUAGAUCUUAUAAAAGUAUUAAUGGAUACAGGGUGUCAGAAUAUUAAAAACUUUGAAGUCUGGAUGCCGCAUUACACCGACAUUAACACAAUCUCAAAACUGAUCUCGUCUCAAAAGGGUCUCGCUCGCUUACGUAUCUUUGACUGUGAAAAAGGAAUCGAUCAAAUAUUACCCGCAAUAAAAAGUCAAGCAGAAACUUUACAAGAUCUGGAAUUAGAUGUCGUAAAUUACGAUGGAUGUUCACCUUGGACUGAUCUCGUCGCAUGUGAAAAACUGAAACGUCUCUGGAUAACAAAUUCUCAGCAUGUAAUUCCUAAUAUGGUUAAACCAUUAUAUAUAGCCUCAUUUCCUUAUUUGAAAGAUUUGAAUGUUGGUAAUCCAAUGUAUAAAAACUGCGGUGAACUGGUUGCUUGGUAUACAUUCCGAAAGGGUCUAGAACACGGAGAAUAA